CGGGCCCUGCCAGCGGGAGAGUCCGCUGUCCUCGGCGCCAGAGCGGUCGUAGCAUCUUCGGUGUCAGCGUCUCUUCGCCCUCUGUCCUCUCCCUCCUCGGCCCGCGCGAUGGCGAAGCCGCUGACGGACAGCGAGAAGCGGAAGCAGAUUAGCGUGCGCGGGAUCGCGGGGCUGGGCGACGUGGGCGAGGUGCGGAAGAGCUUCAACCGGCACCUGCACUUCACGCUGGUCAAGGACCGCAACGUGGCCACGCCCCGCGACUACUACUUCGCGCUGGCGCACACGGUGCGCGACCACCUGGUGGGCCGCUGGAUCCGCACACAGCAGCACUACUAUGAGCGCGACCCCAAGCGAAUCUAUUACCUGUCUCUGGAAUUCUACAUGGGUCGUACACUGCAGAAUACGAUGGUGAAUCUUGGCCUUCAGAAUGCUUGUGAUGAAGCAAUUUACCAGUUGGGGCUGGAUUUGGAAGAACUGGAGGAAAUAGAAGAGGACGCUGGCCUUGGGAAUGGAGGCCUGGGGAGGCUGGCAGCCUGCUUCCUUGACUCGAUGGCUACUUUGGGUCUUGCGGCCUAUGGCUAUGGAAUCCGCUAUGAGUUUGGGAUUUUCAACCAGAAGAUUGUCAACGGCUGGCAGGUGGAGGAGGCUGACGACUGGCUGCGCUAUGGAAACCCCUGGGAGAAAGCCCGGCCUGAGUACAUGCUCCCAGUGCACUUCUACGGGCGGGUGCAGCACAGCUCCGAGGGCGUGCAGUGGCUGGACACGCAGGUGGUAUUGGCUAUGCCCUAUGACACCCCAGUGCCAGGCUAUAAGAACAACACUGUCAACACCAUGAGGCUGUGGUCUGCCAAGGCGCCUAAUGACUUCAAACUCCAGGAUUUCAAUGUGGGUGGCUAUGUGGAGGCAGUGCUGGACAGAAACCUGGCUGAGAACAUCUCCAGAGUCCUGUAUCCAAACGACAAUUUCUUUGAGGGAAAGGAGCUCCGCCUGAAGCAGGAGUACUUUGUGGUGGCUGCCACACUCCAGGACAUCAUUCGACGCUUUAAGUCCUCUAAGUUUGGCUGCCGGGACCCAGUGAGAACCUGUUUUGAGACAUUCCCAGACAAGGUCGCCAUCCAGCUGAAUGACACCCACCCCGCCCUCGCCAUCCCUGAGCUCAUGCGGAUCCUGGUGGACGUGGAGAAGAUAGACUGGGAUAAGGCCUGGGAAAUCACAAAGAAGACCUGUGCGUACACCAACCACACUGUGCUGCCAGAGGCCUUGGAGCGCUGGCCUGUGUCCCUGUUUGAGAAUCUGCUGCCGCGGCACCUGGAGAUCAUCUACGCUAUCAACCAGAGACACUUGGAUCACGUGGCGGCCUUGUUCCCUGGAGACGUGGACCGGCUGAGGAGGAUGUCUGUGAUUGAGGAAGGGGACUGCAAGCGGAUCAACAUGGCACACCUGUGUGUGAUUGGUUCCCACGCUGUCAACGGUGUGGCCCGUAUUCACUCGGAGAUCGUGAAGCAGUCUGUCUUUAAGGAUUUUUAUGAACUGGAGCCAGAGAAGUUCCAGAACAAGACAAAUGGUAUCACACCCCGACGCUGGCUGCUCCUAUGCAACCCUGGGCUGGCCGACACCAUCGUGGAGAAAAUCGGGGAAGGUUUCAUGACUGACCUGAGCCAACUGAAGAAGCUGCUGCCAUGGGUGAAUGAUGACGCCUUCAUCAGGGAUGUGGCCAAGGUCAAGCAGGAAAACAAGUUGAAGUUCUCUGCCUUCCUGGAGAAGGAGUACAAGGUGAAAAUCAACCCCUCUUCCAUGUUUGACGUGCACGUGAAGAGGAUCCACGAGUACAAGCGGCAGCUGCUGAACUGCCUGCACAUUGUCACCUUGUACAACCGAAUAAAGAAGGAUCCAGCCAAAGCCAUUGUGCCCAGGACUGUCAUGAUUGGAGGCAAGGCAGCUCCAGGUUACCAUAUGGCCAAGAUGAUCAUCAAGCUGGUCACAUCCAUCAGCGACGUGGUCAACCAUGAUCCAGUCGUGGGCGACAAGCUCAAAGUGAUCUUCCUGGAGAAUUACCGUGUAUCCUUGGCUGAGAAAGUGAUCCCGGCCGCAGACUUGUCACAGCAGAUCUCCACUGCGGGCACAGAGGCCUCAGGCACAGGCAACAUGAAGUUCAUGCUCAACGGGGCCCUGACCAUUGGCACCAUGGAUGGUGCCAAUGUGGAGAUGGCUGAGGAGGCUGGAGCUGAGAACCUCUUCAUCUUUGGCCUGCGGGUAGAGGAUGUUGAGGCCCUGGACCGAAAAGGGUACAAUGCCAGGGAGUACUACGAGCGCCUGCCUGAGCUGAGGCAGGCUGUGGACCAGAUCAGCAGUGGCUUCUUCUCCCCCAAGGAGCCUGACUGCUUCAAGGAUGUCGUCAACAUGCUGCUGUACCAUGACAGGUUCAAGGUGUUUGCGGAUUAUGAAGCGUACAUGGAGUGCCAGGCCCAGGUGGACCAACUGUACAGAAACCCCACAGAGUGGACCAAGAAGGUCAUCAGAAACAUCGCCUGCUCGGGCAAGUUCUCCAGUGACCGGACCAUCACGGAGUAUGCUCGGGACAUCUGGGGUGUAGAGCCCUCUGACCUGCAGAUCCCACCACCUAACCUCCCCAGGGAUUAGGUGCCCCGGUGCUGGGCCCAGCUGGCUUUGGUUUUCUUGUCAAUUCUGCACCCCAGGCCAGUUUCAAGCAUUGUGCCCACAGCCCACUGGCUGCUUUUUUAUUGGACUGUGUUCCUGGGAGGGCAUGGCCAUUACGGUGGUGGCCUUGUGUAUCCCUUGUCAGUCCUGGAGGGUGAACUUCUAUCUCGCACGCAUAAAACCACACACCCGUACAUGAGUGUGUGUAUGUGCACACACACACCAACCAGCCUUCAUUCUCACCAGUUUAACAAUAUGGUCUGGAAAAGGACCCAAUGGACCCAUAAGCGAGCCCCUUUUCAAUCUGCCUUGGCAGAAGACUGGUGCCAGGGAGGGCACAGUGAGCCCCUCUCAGGUGCCCCCAAGAAACCAGGGAGCAGAUCGGGCCCUUUACCAGGGGUUGUUGGAGACAUCAGGGAAGAUCCCUUCUAGAAGCAGCUUGAAGGAGCCUUGCCAGCUGGGUCUGGGUGGUGUGGGGACCACACACCACCUCGCCCCAGCUUCCAUCCACUCUCAGAACCAGACUGCAGGGUUUUGUUCACAUGCACACUUCAGAGCCACUAGAGUCUAUAGGUGAGGGACAUAUUCUGGGGCGGUGGUGGUGCCCUGGCAUCCCACACUGCCCUGGCCCUUAGUCCACGUGACCAUCACUGUAACCUUUUACGUUGCUGCCUCAUGUGAGAACUGAUUAAACCCUCCUGCCUGUGCUUGGCUGA